ACGGGGCUUGAGCGGCGGCGGCGGCGCGGGCGCCCCCACCCCCGGAUCCGAGAAGGAAGGGGGGGCUGGGGAAAGGAAGGAAAGAGAAAGAAAGAAAAAAAAAAAAGGCCGAGAGCACGUGCACGCGGCCGCGCCUGAAAACGAGCCCCGCCCGCGAAGGGACGCGCGGCGGCUGCAGGAGACUCCCCAGGACUCCCCCGAUGGCAGCGGCGCGCGCAGGGAAUCCCCGGGAAUCGUCUCGCGCCGUCCAGCUGCCUUGCUGCGGAGCGGCUCGCGCUGCUGCUGCCCCGCGGCGCCGCAGCUGCUGCUAGGAAUCGGGGGGCUGACUCCGGAGGGGCUCCGGGUUGGCUUCCGAAGGACCCUUUCGAGAAAGCGAGCCGCCCGUGACGAUAUAGACUUUUCCCUCCCUCCCCGCUUUGCUUUGACUCGUGAUUGCUGCCUCCUCCGCGCCCUUCCGACGACCAAGCACCCCGCGCCCGCGAAUGAGGCGGCCGCCCCCCGGCGAGGUGGACAUGGCUCUCAGCGGCACGCUGCUCCCAUCCAUCGCCACCUUCGCAGCCAGCACGGCCGGCAGGGAAAAAGCCCUGAGACAAGCAGGUGCCAGCAACAAGUGGAAAGAGGAGCUGUCUCACCUCAAGCGCCUACCCCCCGUGCUGACAACACGGCAUUACGACCUCUCAGCUGAGCUGGAAACCACCAACGGGAUUGGCAGUGGGGCUAUGUCCAGGAGAGAGACCGAGGAGCUGAACGAGCUGCUGGACUUUGACUUCAUCCUCUCCAACUCCCUGAUGCCCCAGGAACAACCUGCCGCCGCCAUCGUGAGCACUGCUCCUGGCUCCUCGGCCUCCAGCAACAGCUGCCCGUUGGUGACCACCUGCGACUUCACCUACCAACUGCAAAGGGGAGAUCACCCGGGAGGAGGCAGUGGCAGUAUGCUGUACAGCAGGGAACAGGCCCCAGCUGCCCCGUUCAACCUGGCCGACAUCAAUGACGUGUCCCCCUCGGGCGGAUUUGUGGCCGAGCUGAUGAGGCCAGAUCUGGACCCAGUCUAUAUGCAGCAGCAGCCACCGCCCCCCUCGCUCAGCAGCUUGCACGGGAAGUUUGUGGUGAAAGCCACCGUGAACAUGGGGGAAUACAAUAACCACAUCAGUGUUAGCAGCAAGAACCCGGCUGCUGCGGUGUCCCCUUGUGCGGAUGGACCCGUGCCCCCUCUUUACAACCACGUGCCCAGGAUGUGCCCAAAAAUCAAGCAGGAGGCCGCCCCGUCUUGCACCCUAGGCCAGUCCCAUGGGAAUACCCAGAGAGCUCAGCCGCCGCACGAGUUCCCCCUGGGGCGGCCACUGCCUACCAGGACUAACCCCCCCUUGACUCCAGAGGAGAUGAUGAACUCCAGAGACUGCCAUCCCUCCCACCCAAGUCUGCCAAUUCCUCCACCGGGCUACCACCCCGCCCCGGGCUACCCUCCUUUCCUUCCGGAGCAGAUGCCCCCGAGUGCCCUCCAGUAUCAAGGUCAGUCUUACUAUCUAAAUGUUUUUGGAGAGCCUGUAAGUGUGCCUCGCUCGGUGCAAGGGACGAUGCUGACUCCGCCCUCUUCACCUCUAGAGCUGAUCCCUUCCGGGAGCUGCCUGGCAGAAGAGACCAAGCCAAAGAGAGGACGGCGGUCGUGGCCCAGGAAAAGAACGGCAACGCACACGUGUGACUACGCAGGCUGCGGUAAAACGUACACAAAGAGUUCACACCUCAAAGCGCACCUUCGGACCCACACAGGUGAGAAGCCCUAUCAUUGUGACUGGGAGGGAUGUGGCUGGAAAUUUGCCCGCUCCGAUGAACUCACUCGUCACUACAGAAAACAUACGGGCCACCGCCCAUUCCAGUGCCAGAGGUGUGACCGUGCAUUUUCCAGGUCUGACCACCUCGCCUUACAUAUGAAGAGACACUUCUAAAGGGAUACAGCACACUCUCCUUUUACUGCCACAAGAGAUUCAGUAUUCGACAGCGCAAAAGACUGUCUUCCACAAAAGGAAGGGAGAAACUCCACUUCAGAGCACUACAAAGAAUCCCAGAAAAAGUCUUCCAAAACAGUGUGGAAAUUAAUGGAUAAUUAAAACUUUGUGGAACUGGAAAAAAAUAGGGGCAAUGACUGGAUCUUGAAUCAUCAUUCCAUUUUUUUUAAAAAAAAAUCUGACUUGAAUCUUUCGGGACUGCAGAACGCCAAGGAUCGACUGGACAUCAAGGAUAUCAGGGUUAAAAUGAGCUGUUGGGGAGUGGAGAACGGGAGAUUACAUAGGGGGCCUGGGGAGGGGGGGUGAAGACAGAUGUAAUAAUUGUAGAGGCGUGGAGCUAUUUUGGAAACUUCUUCAACAUGUUCAGUCCAAAUGGCCUCUCGCUUUUGUAAGACUGAGCUCAGGGGAAGGGGGCGUGCAAGGCUCUAGCUCUAAUGCCCAUGUCUUCAGAGACGCCUCCCAGUCUCAGUUUUUUUGAAAAGUUUUGCUAAUCUCAACUCUUUUUAAGGAGUAACGAUGAACGUAAGUGAAUAAACAUACGCAUUCUGCUUUUAAAGCAGGCAACCACCUUACCUGAAGCAUAAGGGAAAGGGCAAAAAUGAAGGCUUAACUUUAGCAUUGAUCGAACGAAUAGGCUUGAUAGAAUGAAUGUCUUUCACUCAGAUUGUGAGGCCAGGUUGCUGCUACAGGUGAAGAGCUCACUGUGACUUGUCUUUCAAUAUUACAUCUAUCUUCACCUUGCAUUCCCUUGAGAUUUUGUUCCAAUGCAAUAUUGUAAAUGCAUUGUAUUCUUGGAAUUUCCUUUUUCCUAACAAAGCCAUUAUUAAACUAUAUCAAACAAGGAAAAAAGAAAUUCAGGUACAAAGUUGUGGUUCAAAGCCUGUUUUCGUGGUGCUGAAUGACUUUUGGUUCUAAAGGUACCAAAAAAAAAAAAAAGAAGAAGCCAAAGUUCUCAAACUGCUGCAUAUUUGACAAGGAAAUACGUUUUUGUCUUCCGAUCUACAGUUAAUGAUGACCUAAAUCAGGUUAAUAAACCUGGUUUAUUUGUGUGUGUGUGUCUUUUAAUCUUCUAUGCAGACAGUCUGUAAUGCACUGUGGUUUCAAUGUGCAAUAAUUUGUACAAUGGUUUUAUUCCCAAAUAUGCCUUAAGCAGAACAAAUGUGUUUUUUCUAUAUAGUUCUUUACUUUAAAAUAUGUAAUAUAAAUUUAAGGAGACUUCUAUUUUGUAUAUUUGUAAACUAUGACGUGAAAAAUGAACAUUUUGUCAGAGUUUGUAUUUUGCAUAUUCGUGCUGAAAAUAACUUUUAAAUAAACCUAUUUUAUCUGA